AUGACGCGCGGGUCGGACGACGACGAUCGUCGAGCGCGCGAUGCGGGAGGGACGACGACGCGCGAGACGCGCGAGACGGGGGAGACGGGGGAGACGGAUCGAUCGAGUGGCGUGCAUGCUGAACGAUUACCAACGACGCGAGAUCCGCGGACGCGGAGCGAACGAGGGACGAGAGCGUCGACGGGUGACGACGUGGGGGGGGUGAAAGCGCGGUCGAGGAAGACGCGCGCGGGUGGGGGCGCGAACGCGAACGAGGGCGCGUUGGGGGCGCUCGGAGAGAGCGGACGCGCCAUGCUGGCGCUCGGCGGGAACGUCUACGUGCGGAGCGUCGAGGAUAAGCUCCCGAGCGGGGUGCGAGCGGUCGUGAGAGGUGCGAGGUGUGAGAUGCGGGCGGUGGCGGACGCUUUGUUCGCGGCGGCGUGGGCGACGACGGUGUUGGCGACGCGCGUGGCGUCGGCGGGCGCCGAGCGAGCGGGACGCGAAGGGACGAAAGCGCUGAGCGCGGGCGCGCGAGCGAGUGGGAAUCUCGCGGCGGCGACGGCGGUGAGGGUGAAGGCUUUGACGUCGGAGACGGCGGUGAAGACGAAGGAUUUCGCGCUCGAGGCGAUGGAGAAGGCGAAGAGUUUCACCGCGGUUGCAGCGACGAAGACAAAGACGCUCGCCGAGGGUGGCCGCACGCGCGUCGUCGACGGCCUCGCGGGAAUUAAGACGUUCGAUGCGUCCGGAGUCGCCGUAAGCGCCAAGGAAAAGACGCGCGAGGCGUUGCGAGGCGUGGACGCGGCUCGGCAGAAGACGGCAGAGAGCGUCAAGACGCUGAUUGACGUCAUUCCUCGUCGACUCCAAUCAACAGAGAAGACGUCGAAGCAGAGCGAUGAGAAACGCACGCGGGUCGUCUCCCAACCACAGGCGUCGCGCGCGGUGAGUCGCGAAGCGACGUCAUCGAAUCAUCGCGAAGCACCGGAGCGACUGUUCCCCAAACCAUCGAGCUCAAAGAGGGAGCUGCCUCUGGCGCCAAAGAUUUCGGUCGCCGAUCGUUUCAAUGCGCUUGUGCCGAAGGAAACUACGCAGAAAUUAAAGGAACGCAUGAAAGGAUUCGAGGAAGGGGUCGGGAGCUGGCCCGUGGUGGAGUUUAUGAAACCCAAAGUGAAGGAGCUCGUGCAAGCCGUCGCCGAGCGCCAACGCGACGUCGUCGCCAAAUUGCAAAUCUCCACCGAGGGCGGCGUGGAGACUCUCAACAAAGCGCGCUCCGGGAUUAGCUCUGAGAUGGUUCAACACGUGCGUGGGGUAAAAACGCACAUUGAGGGCGGUAUCGAUGGCUUGAAGGUUGCCGUCGCCAGCGGUGUCACAAGCGCUCGCGAGCGCAUCUUGAAACUCCCCAAGCGGCGUCCAAAAGAGCAACCGAAGCAAGUCGGCGGUGGCACCUUGCCGAGACGAAUCAUCGCGGGUAAUGAGUCCCAAGAGCGAAAUAACGUGCUGCGAAAGGAGAUCGACGCUGCGUCGCAUCGCGUUUACGGCGAGGAGGAGCUCCUUACCAAGCCGGUGCGCGUCGUCGUGCAGCCACGAGACAAUUUGUUCGAUCUCGCGAGCAUCGCCGGUAUCAGCGUCAUGGACCUGGCGCGAUACAACAGCUUGAAGCCCGAUCCACACACGCGCAUGCUUAAGCUUCAUCCCGGUCAGGUGCUCUACGUGCCGUCGCAGAGUUUGCUCGAUCGCCUUCCUGCCAUUGACGUCUCUCGUGAACCCCAGUACGAGCUCUCUAUCCUCGUCACCGAGGCCCCGAAGAAACUGGGCGUGAAGAAACAAAAGCGGCUCGUUCAUCCGUCUCGACACUCCAGGCAUCGAGAUCGUGAGAUGGACACCAAGGACAAGUCGAGCAACGCGUUUCUCACCGUCACUGGUUCGAUGGCGCUCGUCGCAUGCGCCAUCGCACUUCGCGGCGUCCGCCGCGAGAUGGAGGACGACGAGAACUGA